GUCCGGAAUCUUGCACGGCGGCGGGAUCCCUGCGCGGUGACCCGAUUAUGAGCCUGGACCGCGACAUUCGCCAGCUGAGCAAGGCCAAGGCCAAGGCCCAGAACAGCGGGCAGCUGCGAGAGGAGGCCGCCCUCUGCCACCAGCUGGGGGAGCUCCUGGCCAGCCAUGGUCGCUACUCCGAGGCCCUGCAGGAGCAUCAGCAGGAGCUGCAGCUCCUGGAGAGCGCCGACGACCCCCUGGGCUGCGCCGUGGCCCACCGAAAGAUCGGAGAACGACUGGCCGAGAUGGAGGACUACCCAGCUGCCCUGCAGCACCAGCACCACUACCUGGAGCUGGCCUCUUCCCUGUCAAACCACAUUGAGCUGCAAAGGGCCUGGGCUACCAUUGGCCGCACCCACCUAGACAUCUAUGAUCAUUGCCAGUCACAGGAUGCCUUGCUGCAAGCACAGGCUGCCUUUGAGAAGAGCUUGGCUAUUGUGGACGAGAAGCUGCAAAGGACAUUGCCCAAGCGAGAGCUGAGUGAGAUGAGGGCCCGUCUCUACCUCAACCUGGGCCUUACCUUUGAGAGUCUGCAGCAGACAGCUCUGUGCAAUGACUACUUCAAGAAGAGCAUCUUUCUUGCAGAGCAGAACCACCUGUAUGAGGACCUGUUCCGUGCCCGCUACAACCUGGGCACCAUCCACUGGCGCCAAGGACAGCACUCCAAAGCCAUGCGCUGCCUAGAGGGGGCCCGGGAGUGUGCACGCACCAUGAAGAAGGGGUUCAUGGAGAGCGAGUGCUGUUGCAUCAUUUCACAGGUCCUCCAAGACCUGGGCGAUUUUCCAGCUGCCAAAAGAGCAUUGAAGAAGGCCUGUAGGCUGGGCUUCCAGAAGCCUUUGCAGAAGGCAGCUGUGUACCAGACCCUCAAGUAUGUGCUGGCAGUGAUCCGGCUGCAGCAGCAGCUGGAGGAAUCCAAGAGCAGUGACCCUCAGGGCGCCAUGGGCAUCUGUGAGCAGCUGGGGGACUUGUUCUCCAAGGCAGGCGACUUUCCCAAGGCGGCUGAGGCCUACCAGAAGCAGCUGGAUUUCGCAGAGCUGCUGAGCAGGCCAGGGCCUGAGCUGGCUGUCAUCCAUGUGUCCCUGGCUGCCACCUUUGGAGACAUGAAGGACCACCGCCAGGCCGUGCACCACUAUGAAAAGGAGCUGAGGCUGCGUGAGGGCAAUGCCUUGGAGGAGGCCAAGACCUGGCUGAAUAUUGCACUGUCCCGAGAGGAGGCCGGUGACACCUAUGAGGAUCUGGCACCAUGCUUCCAGAAGGCUCUCAGCUGUGCUCAGCAAGCUCAGCGGCCCCGACUGCAGAGGCAGGUCCUGCAACACCUCCACACUGUGCAGCUGAGGCUGCGGCCCCAGGAGGCUCCUGGCACUAAAGCCAGACUACAGGAGCUGAGCGUGGACCAGGAGGAGGAGGAGGAGGAGGAUGGGGAAGGUGAUGAGGACAGCAAUACCCUGGAGGCCAGUGAGGUCGAGCUCUCAGACAGCGAGGGCGAGGCUGACAGCCAGUCCCAGGACCUGGAGGAGGAUGAAGAGCUUCGGGGCUGCCUGGGCCGGCAGCAGGUGAACAAGUGGAACCGGCGCAAUGACGUCGGGGAGACCUUGCUGCACCGAGCCUGUAUUGAGGGCCAGCUGCGCCGCGUCCAAGACCUCGUGAGGCAGGGCCACCCCCUGAACCCUCGGGACUACUGUGGUUGGACACCCUUGCACGAGGCCUGCAACUACGGGCAUCUGGACAUCGUCCGCUUCCUGCUGGACCAUGGGGCUGCAGUGGAUGACCCUGGUGGCCAGGGCUGCGAGGGCAUCACUCCCCUGCACGAUGCUCUCACAUGCGGCCACUUCGAGGUGGCUGAGUUGCUCAUUGAACGGGGGGCAUCGGUCACCCUCCGAACCAGAAAGGGCCACAGCCCGUUGGAGACACUGCAGCAGUGGAUGAAGCUGUACCACAGGGACCUGGACAGCGAGACACGAGAGAAGGCUGGCGCCAUGGAGAGGCUGCUCCAGACGGCUUCCUCAGGCCGAGCUCCCCACAGCCGCCUGGCUCCCCAGUCCCUCCCAAGUGACCAUCUGUUUGACCCCGAGACCUCUCCUUCCUCGAGCCCCUGCCUGAGACCCCCAGAGCCCUCUCAGGCCAGUGCCAGGAUCUCAGAGGCAGAGGCAGUUCCAGCUGUGUCCAGGCCUCGGAGGAGUAGGCACAAGCUGGCCAGCAGUAGCAGCUCUGAGGAUGAGGACAGCAUGGGCCCACCUGGGCCAACCCAGAAGAGACCUCGGCACUCUGCCCCAGUACAGCGAGCCAGGGCCUGGACGGUUGGCCCUAUCAGCAAUAGGGAGGCAGUAGCAGCUGGACGGGCAGACUACUGGGCAGCCAUGCGAGGAGUGGGCAGUGCCCAGAGCUGCCACCCGAGGCCUGGUCCACCUCGGGGCCCAGGCGAAGCCCCCACUCCCCAGGCAGCGUUGAUCCCUGAGGAGGAGUGUCUGGCUGGGGCCUGGCUGGAGGAUGACAUGCUGCUGAACCAGGGCCGCCGGCCGCUCCAUGCUCAGAGCAGUGGGUUCAGGACCAAGCAUAGUGCCUUGAGUUCAAGCACUGAUGAGAGCCCCGUCAGGCCACGGUCCCAGGCCAGACAGAGUCGCCUGUCCAGUCUCAAGAGUUGGAAUGCAGCAGUCAGAGCAGGUGGAGACGGCACCUCGGCCACAGAGCCCCCGCAGAGCCCUGAUGUCCCCAGUGGGGACAACCCUGUGACAGGUCAUCCUUCGGGACCUGUCCUGCUCCCUACUAUCCGAGUUCGAGUUCGAGUUCAGGAUAACCUUUUCCUCAUCCCUGUCCCACAUAGCAGUGAGGCCCACUCUGUGGCCUGGCUGGCGGAACAGGCUGCCCAGCGCUACUAUCAAGCCUGUGGGCUGCUGCCAAGGCUCACCCUACGAAAGGAGGGGGCCCUACUGGCUCCACAGGAUCCUAUCCUCGAUGUGCUGCAGAGCAAUGAGGAGGUGUUGGCUGAAGUGACCUCGUGGGACCUCCCCCCACUGACUGACCGCUACCGGAGGGCCUGCCAGAGCCUAGAGCAAGGGGAGCACCAGCAGGUGCUACAGGCCAUGGAGUGCCAGGGUGUGGGCCCCUUGUUCAGCGCCUGCUCCCUGGCUCUGCGCCAGGACCAGCUCACCCCCUUACUUCGGGCUCUCAAGCUGCAUUCAGCGCUCCGGGAACUGCGCCUGGCAGGGAACCGGUUGGGAGACAGCUGUGUCACAGAGCUGCUGGCUGCCCUGGGCACUGUGCCUGGCCUGACCGUCCUCGAUCUCUCUUCCAAUCACCUGGGCCCUGAAGGCCUGUGCCAGCUUGGCUCCGGCCUCCUGGGACAGGCCACCUUGCAGAACUUGGAGGAGCUGGACUUAAGCAUGAACCCCCUCGGGGAUGGCUGUGGCCAGGCCCUGGCCUCAGUCCUGCAGGCCUGUCCGGUACUCAGCACUCUCCAGCUCCAGGCCUGCGGGUUUGGCCCCGGUUUCCUCAUGAACCACCAGGCAGCCCUGGGCCGCGCCUUAUUAGAUGCCAAGCACCUGAAGACACUGUCCCUGUCCUACAAUGCCCUGGGUAGCACUGCCCUGGCCCAGACCCUGCAGAGCCUGCCUGCCCAGACCCUUCUGCGCCUGGAGAUCAGCUCGGUGAUGGCCAACAAGAGCGACUCAGGCCUUGUGGAGCCUGUGGUCAGAUACCUGACCAAGGAAGGCUGUGCUUUGGCACACUUGAACCUGUCUGCAAACCACCUGGGCGACAAGGCAGUGAGAAACCUGAGCAGAUGUCUUCCUCUUUGCCCCUCACUUGUUUCGCUGGACCUGUCUGCCAACCCUGAGAUCAGCUGUGCCAGCCUGAAGGAGCUCCUGUCUGCCCUCCAGGAGCGGCCCCAAGGCCUGAGCUUCCUGGGCCUGUCAGGCUGUGCUAUCCAGGGUCCUUUGGGCCCGGGCCUCUGGGACAAAGUCGCCGCGAGGCUGCAGGAGCUACAACUGUGCAGCAGGAGGCUCCCCGCCGAGGACCGGGCUGCCCUGUGCCAGCUGUUGUCCAGCCAGCCGGGCCCCGGCGCCCGCACACUGGACCGAGGUGCCAAGCUGUUCCUCCGGCGCCUCUGACGGCCUGCGCUGCCCUGUCCCCUCCCUGCGCCCC